AUGGGACAGGAGGAUUACGUUUCCCGAUAUAAACAAGACGAGUCCUCAGCCGCAUCGUAUAUCUUCUUCAGUCAGAAAGCUGAUUGCACAAAGGACACUGUGCAUCAUCCCGCUGCGCUGCUAUUCCGAAAACUGAGCAAUCCCGAUCUCUUCUCUUCUACCGGGAAGGUGAAACUUCACCGCCAGCUGAGCCAAGAUGACUGCAAGCUCCGCCGAGGAAGCCUGACCGGUACAAUAGCGGGUAAACAGCUCCUUCCAUUAUCUAGCAGCGUGCACAGCGGCGUGGGCCAGCCAACAUGGCAGCCUCCAGGGGAGUCGUCCAAUCUGGUCCGGAUGAGGAACCAAUCUCUGGGGCAGUCGGCCCCUUCGCUAACCGCCGGCCUGUGUUCAUCCUCCAUGCAGACGGCGUGCUGA